AUGGUUUCUCUCUCCCAAGUCCAACAAACCAACGCCUCGGCUGCUUCAAAGCUCCCAGCUGGCCUCGUCGCCAUCUUCGCUGGUGCGACAGCAGGUAUUGGCGAAACAGCUCUCAAAGCAUUUGCCAAAUAUACUACACGACCCAAGAUCUAUUACAUCGGUCGUUCUCAAGAAGCGGGUGAUGGAUUACAAAGUGAGCUGGAGGAGUUGAAUCCCGAAGGAGAAUACAUCUUCAUCAAGAAGGACAUGAGCUUGUUGAAGAACGUAGAUGAGGUUUGUCGGGAUAUCAAAAGCAAGGAGACAGUCUUGAAUGUUUUGUUCUUAAGUCAGGGGACACUAAGAAUUGGCGUUGAUACCGAAGAAGGACUGCCUCUGGUCACCGGCCUAACUAUCUACUCUCGCAACCGUCUCGCAGUCAAUCUCCUCCCACUUCUAAAGAAGGCACCGUCUCUUCGUCGUGUAAUAAGCGUCAUGGCUGGUACACACGAAGGUAAGCUCUUCUCCGACGACAUAGCAGCUCGCAACAUCCCCUUCACUAGCAUUCACAACUCCCGAGGACAUAUGUGCUCAGCCUUAACUCUGUCCCUGGAAGCACUGGCCCGUCAAGCACCAGAAGUUUCCUUCAUCCACAACUUCCCUGGCUCUGUUGAUACAAACCUAAUCCGCAGUGGAGACGGUUUCAUGAUGCAGGUUAUGAAGUAUUGGUUCAAGGUCAGCAUGACUGUUAGGAGACAGUGGUUACCUAAGGAGGAGUGUGGAGAGAGACAUGCGUGGUUGUGUUUGACUGGGAGAUAUCCUGGUAAAGAGGGUAGUGAGAACGGUAUCAAAGAGGAAGAAGUUGCUGUUGGUACUGAUGGGAAUAAGGGAAGUGGUGUCUAUAGCGUUGAUUGGGAUGGUGAGAGUGCUUCGGGUGAAGUUGUCAAGCUGCUUGAUGGUUUCAAGAGGGAAGGUCUUGUGGAAAAGGUCUGGAAAGAUCAGGAGAGAGAAUUUAUCAGAAUUACUGGUACAACUUCUAUCUAG